GUGGCUGGGGCCGGAGGCUGCGUGGGUUUCGCCCUGGCCGGCUGUGCAUGCUGCGCAUCUUGCGGUGAGUGGAGAUGCCCAGCCGGGGGGCGCGCCAGGAGGACAGCACUGUGCUGGUCCCCUCCGACAACUCGACCCCAGACAAAGAGUCUCUUAGCAGCAAGAUUAAAGAACAAAAAAUUGUUGUGGAUGAACUUUCUAACCUGAAGAAGAAUAGGAAAGUAUAUAGGCAGCAACAGAACAGCAACAUAUUCUUUCUUGCAGACCGAACAGAAAUGCUUUCUGAAAGCAAAAAUAUAUUGGAUGAACUAAAAAAAGAAUAUCAAGAAAUAGAAAAUUCUGAGAAGACCAAAAUCAAGAAGUAGUCAACCUGAUUUCACA